AUGGCGAGUCCGAUAACAACACCACGAGACGAACGUGAAUCUUUACUUCCAACAUUAUCAUCUAUAGCAACAAACACUAGGCCCAAUGUAACAUUAGUGCAACCAUUUAAGUCUUCAUCCUUGUCCUCUUCGCCAAUAAACCAUGAGAUGAGCAUGCCUUCGCCGAUAUAUUUUGAUCGUACUUCUUCACCAUUACAUAGAUCCCCAUCACAGCCAUCUCUUCAACAACGAAACGUUUAUCAACAACCGUCAUCGACGAGACCAUUAUCUAUUAAUGGCGGUACGGCACCAUUGUCAUCAUCAGUGAAAUCCACUUCAUCCGCUGGAAGUCCGGGAAUUCCGAAAUUUUCUUCUAGCUUUAGUCAUUAUAGAUAUGAAAGAUCUAGUGGCUCUGCAACAAAGGAACGAGAUGGUAGCAUUUCUAGUCGAAGACGUUCUAGGUCAAGUUUGACUAAUAGGAGCGACGGUUCAUCAGGAUCUUUUAAUUCAUCAUUCUUCACAUCAUUGGACCCAGAAGAUGAUAUUGGUGAAUUCGUACAAAUGGUAAUGACGCGAGAACCAUUAAAUAUGUUUAGUAGAAGUCCUACAGGGCCUGACGACAUCAAUGAUUCUGGACGUAACUUGUCAGGAUCAGUAUAUCGAACUCAGCAACAAUUAUCUCGUUUCCAAAAAUUGAGAGAGGCGCAAAAUAAUUUACCAGACUCAAUGACCUCUAUUGGUUUACAAACCAGCCCUCAUCAACUAGAUCCACCAG